AUGUGUAUUGUCCUUCUUACCACCGCGCACCCAAAGUAUGCGCUCAUCGUCAUCGACAACCGGGACGAGUUCAUCCUCCGCCCGACAUCGCGGCCGCACUGGUGGACCACGCGAGCCUCCCGCCAGCCCUCCAGGACGCCCACCCCCGAUGUGUCAUGGCAGCAGCACGGCGUCAACGGCCACGCCCCGGAUGCCGAACCAGAAGAGAUGCAGCAUAUUCUCUCGUCCCGGGAUCUGCAGCGUGCUGAGAGGGGCACAUGGCUCGGAAUCACAAAGUCGGGCCACUUCUCGGUGCUUACCAACUACCGCGAGCUGGACCCCGGCAGGCUGGGCCAGCCCGUCAGCGGCCAGAAGAGCCGGGGGGCCAUGGUCACUUCGUGGCUCGAGAACUCAGCAGACCGCAGCGUGCGCGACUAUGUGGAGACAGUCAUGGCAAGCGGCGGCUGUCAUGGUGUCGGCGGCUUUUCGCUCAUCUGUGGCAGGUUGAGACGGAGAAAGGGCGAGGGUGAAGACGGGUUGGAGCCCAUGGCGAUCCUGUCAAAUCGUGCCGAGCACCCUGGUCAGAUCCCAUGGGUUGUGGGCAAGAGAGGUGAGACGGUUGGGCUCAGCAAUGCCGCAUUCGAUGACCCUGUGGAGUGGCCCAAGGUGAAGAACGGAAAAUCGCUGGUCAACCGGGUCGUCGGCGAGGCGGUCGAGAAGGGCAUGGGCGAGGACGAGCUGCGGGAGAGACUGUUCUGGGUCUUGGACCAGAACACCCUGCCAACCCACCCAGGGAAGAGCCUAGAGGAGCAUCUGGGGGAGCUCAAGGAGUCCAUAUUCAUCCCCCCGAUAGGCGACUCGAAGCAUCAGGACGACAUGGUGAAAGCGGCAGGCAAAGGAACGAGUGAGAGCAACCAUGCCGACCCCGAGAUGCAAGAAAGCCUGUCCAAGGUGGUCGGAGCCCAACGGCCAGACCCUCAAACCAUGGGUUUCGCCACGGGCAUGUACGGAACGCAGAGGCAGACGAUAGUGCUGGUGGAUUGGGAUGGGAAUGUGACUUAUACCGAGAGGGCACUGUGGGAUCCAAACGGCAACGUCAUAGAGAGAGGCAAAGGAGACAUGACCUUCAGAUUCAAGGUCGACGGGUGGGAUUAG